ACAGCGCCCUCUCACUGUCAGGACCCGAAUCGCCCCUUUCUUUUCGUCUCACCGCUUUUGUCGACCGCACCUGAGGAGAAGCUCGCGCGCAGGUUCGUUUUCAAGGUUUGAAUUAUCAGAGAAAUCACACAAAACGUGAUCGAAAUCAACAGACAUCGCAUUCUGCUUCAUCCACGCACAUUUCUUGGGUUUAGUCCUUCUGCGAGAUCACGGUACUGCAGGGUCUGAGGAGUGGCUGUGGACUGACGGGGCCACGCAAUGUUCAAGAUAUCUAUUCUGAAGGUUGAGAACCCCUCCUGCCUCUGGGGUCGGGUUUUUCGGAGUCUGGGCACUAACACAGAGACGACAGAGGAGUACGACAGUAUGUUGUCGCAGAUGAACCUCUUCUACCACGACGUUACUAAGGACCUGUUCAAACUGAAGCCCACGUCAAUAGAGGAGGGGCAGGUGUGUGUGGUGUACUGGUCAGUGAGGAGGUUGUGGUGUCGGGCUGUGGUGGAAUCAAUUAUUACGGACUCUGUAUCGUGUAAAGCUCGCUGCCUGCUGGUCGACCACGGUGAACGUCUCGUCGUUGCUUCAGACCAGAUUCGAGUCGCUGCACAGAACUUCCUCCAGCUGCCUUUUUGGGUGAGGAGGUUCCACCUGGCAGGAAUCAAACCAACAACCCUGCGAGUGUGUGUUUACCAGGAGAAUGCAGAGCUUAUCCCGACCACUCAUUGGGACAGCUCAGCUACGCUCUACCUACACAACCUGCUACAUGCUUCAACUUGGACAGAGGCUGUGAUGCUUGAAUCUGACUCAGACUCCACCUCCAUCGAGCUCUACCUAACUGUUGGAAACAUCAAGAUCUGUGUGAACGAUGACCUUGUGGCCAAGAAGUUUGCCUAUUAUACCAGAGAGUCUGCAGAAACCAGUGGGUUGGACGAGGUGGAUCGAUUUCCCAUCAUGUUGUCCUCCAGCAUCUUGACCCAGACAGCCUCCAUAACGUCACGCAAGCCGACAAAAAAAAUAAAACCACCUGCUGUGACAUCAGAAUGUCUGGCUGCAGGCAGAGCAUGUGAUUGGCUGACAGCACCCUCUCCACCACAGAGCCAACAGCAUGAGCUGAGCACCUCUGAUGGAGACUGCAGGCCAAACAUCACAGAAGAGCAACUGUCUCCAGGCAGCCAAUCAGGGAGCAGCUCUCAGCCUGCUGCUGUGGAGAGUGACUCACCAGACGACACCGACUCCUCUCUGGCUGCAGCUCUGACUAGAAACCUCAGUUUGUUCAAGUUCAUGAAGUUUCUGAAUCCUGGCAGCAGCCAUCAGCAGGAGGCUCACAGUGUUGGUGAGCUUGAAGAGCUGAACAACUGUCAACCUAAAGAGCUGACUACAGCCUCCACCACCUGCACAGGACAGGAAGAAUUAACCCCUUUACGCAACAGUGAGCCUGUAACACCAGACGAGGAUGUGGUCCAUAUGAGCUGCAAAAGUAUUUCAGUAGAGUCAGGACCAGCAGAGACAGAGAAGACGAGGAGGAGUGAAGCUGCCAGGGCUUGUUCACGGCUUUUGGAGUGGUUGAACCCUGAACCUCUGAACCCUGAUCCAGACGCUGGAGAUGACACUGUUGUUCCCAGUGAGCCCAGGACAAGUGGGAUUCUGGUGCACUCUGCGCUCCCAGUUCAGCCCUGCACCAAUUUGGAUGAUGCCCCCAUCACUGAUGCUCUCCGCUGGGUGCUUCGGCAGAAGCAGUACAGCACUCUGUCUCCAGCUGACUGUUACAGCUGGCCAGCUGUGUCUCGAGGAUGCAACACCGUCAUUGUGUCCCCUAAUGCUGACCAGCCGCUCAGCUACCUAGCCCCACUCCUCACCCAUAUCCUGCUCAACUCCAUCUUCAGUUCCUUAACCUCCAGCAUGGGGCCCAUAGCAGUGCUGCUGUGUCCAGGCUGGGAGAAAGUUCAGCAGGUGUAUGACCUGCUGGAGAAUUUCAAGAUCACUCAUGUGCUCCACCCUGUCGUCAUGCUGAUGGGUGUUGGGAAGGAUGAGGCCAAGACUAUCAGGAUCCCGAAGAACUGUCUGCUGUUAGUGACCACCCCCUUCAGUUUCGUCCGUCUGCUGUCUUGUCACUGCUUCAUGUUCUUGCGUCUUUAUCACCUGCUGUUGGACGAGGCCGACCAGCUCUUCACUCUUGCUCCAGAUGAGAUGGAGAUCAUUUUGCAGCAUUUCCAGAAGGUGACUUCCAGCGAGGAGAAGAACUCAAGUCCUCAGCAGCUUAUUGCCGUGGCGAAGAGAUGGACCAGUCACAUGGAGGGAUUGUUAACCAAUCACAUGCCCUACCCCUGCAUCGUUAUGACCGCCCCUGAGGAAGCUGCUCUCUAUGGUAACGUUCAGCAGGUCAUUCUCAUGACUCUAGAGAGCAGUAAGAUCUCAGAACUGUUGGGGACGUUGGAUUUCAGCCCAGAUGUUGGCCAGAAGACUCUGAUCAUAGCCAACUGUGCUCAGGAAGUUGAAGAUGUGUUCAAGGCCGUAAGCAGCAAAUCUGCUUUCUGCCUCAAGGCUCACGAGAGAGUAACACACCAGUUUGACUUUGUCAUCCAGCAGUGGAGGAAAAACAUCGGACCUGGAACUCAUGUUAUUCUGGUGACCACCAACGAGUGUCUGAAGUGUUUUGGAAUCAGAGAUGCAUCUUGCGUCAUCCACUACGGUUUCCCCACUUCUCCCAAGCUGUUUGGCAGUCGACUCUUCAGCAUGUCUGACAACUUCAGAAACCUCUCAGAACGGGUUUCUACCCAGGAUCAAACAGGGAGCUGCCCUCAUGUCACCAGGUCAGUGCUGCUGAUCUCAGAGAGGAACGCUCGUCAUGUUGUGGGGGUUCUGCGUUACCUGGGACGGACCAACGCCUUGCUGCCCCCUGAGCUACUGUCUUUCAGCCAGGGCAUCUAUAUGGUCAGGGAGGACCUGAAGACCAACAGGCCUCUCUGCAGCUACCUGAAGAGCCUUGGAGUCACCAGAGCCAUCAGUCAGAAGAUCCGAGGUCUGCAGCAUCGCGCCAGAGCAGUUCUCAGUCUGGGAAACACUGUCUUUGUUGAUCCCAUGGUCCGGGUGAGCCAGGUGCCAGGUAUGAAAACUGUCAUCAACGAAUAUAAUGUCCAGUCUGAGAUUCUGAAUACUGGAAUGGGAAUAAGCAACCCAGAUCAUCUUAAACUGCUGAGGGCACUGUGCCAGGAGGGUGAAGACAGCAGCAGCAAAGAGGCAGGCCACACAAAUGGGGUGGAGGACAACUCAGUGUCUCUGGAGGUCAGGAUCAAAGCUGAGGAAGAAGUUCUGGCUGAAGUCUUCAGAGCAGCCGAGGCCAGGAAGCUCUCUGACCCUCCUCAACUCGAGCCAUUAAGCCCAGUGUCUCCGAUGAGCCACAGCCCAGUCCCAGCACCACCAGCUUCUCAACUCCACCUCUCAGAUAUUCAGGCUGCAGAUGAGCAGAGAUACAAUCACACUCCUGAUCUAAAGUCAGCUAAACAGAUGAUGAGUUUCCACCCUCAGAUCCUUUGGUACCAGACGUCCGACUCCAUGAUUGUAACAGUGAAGCUGAUGAACCCAGAGAGUCAGCACUGUGACUUCUACCCUGACAGGGUCAUCUACAGUGGCAGAGUGAACAGUAAGUCCUACAGAGCUGACCUGGAGCUUCAGGGCAACAUCGCUGUGGACCGCUGCUGCUGGGAAAUGAAGUACAAUGAGCCAGUCCUCAAACUGGUCAAACAACAGCAGGGGCACUGGGAGAAACUACUCAGGAACAAGAAUAUUUUUGUGAGUUAUGAUAUGCAGCAUUUUGAAGACAAUGAAGACAAAGCACCAAACGGUCCGUGGUUUGUGGGGAACACAGGAGAGGAUAACUGGUAUGUGAACUCAGAGAGUAGCAGUGAGAGUGACUGAAGAUAAACGUGUCUUUCUACAACACUCCGGUUUUCUAUUAUAAUCUAAGGAUCACAGGAAUAGUUGUUUCAUACGUUGUGUUGUGACCAUUGACCUCCUUAAUCAUGAGGUCUGUACUGUCAGGGAUCUGUGGAUAGAAACCUCUGCAGUGAAUUAAGUAAACGUUUCAGAACAUUGAGAUUCAAACAUUUAGCUACUGCUAAAAGUCUGAUUUAUAAAUAUGUCUCAAGUAUAAAGUGACAUGCAAUGUGACUUUCACAGUUAAAUGUUAUGAAAGUGUUCAUCCAUAACUUUUGUCAGAAUCUGUUCACCUCCAUGUGAGUAAAAAAAGAAAAAUACCAAAGGGUUGAGUUUUUUUCCAUUUAGAAGAUAGGGUCUGUCCCUAUUUAUUUUUGCUGUUGCCAUUUUUCAUUUCUAGUUAAUAGCUCUGUCAUGGUAAAUCUCACAAUGUACAACUUUAAAAAUGACCAAAGCCGCCUUUGGCACUUGAAUAUAAGAGAGUAUAGAUUAUAGACUGAUUUGGCAGCUUAAGAAGCUCCAACAUCCAGCAACGUUGAGUUCAGAGUUGCUGCUCCUUAAUGUUGAGCCAGUUAGCGUGGCUUGUGCAUGUUACCUGCGAGAGGCGCAUCAGAGAUACCUUACUUAACCUCCAGGCUAAAAUUUGAUCAAAUGAAAACAAAUAAAACAGUCCAGCUAUAAAUCCCUCCUUCGUGAAGCAUGUGCUCUUCUUUGUAGAUUAUUCAACAUAAUGGUUAUUUUGUAGGCUGCAGAUUGUGGUCCUGUUUAAUUGCAUUUCAUUAUAUGGAUACAUGCCUCUAUUAAUUUGUCCACCCCAUCCAUGUGGGUCACACUUGCAAUCACAAACAAUAAGUCUUGUUUCUAAACUAAACAAAUCCAGCACUUUCUCCAAUAGGUUUAUUUAUUUCUGUGUUGUGAGCUGUAAUUGUACCACUUCCAGCUUUGAGUAGCUCCUCCAGUUUGUGCUUGUUUUGGGGCAGUAGAGAACAUCCAGAUCAUCAAAGUACGAUUAUAAGUAGGUUCCAGGCGAUGUGAAUUUAAAGGUCCAGUGUGUAAGAUUUUGGUGAAAGGGAUCUAUUGGCAGAAAUUUAAU